AUGCAGCCUAGUACUGUUGAGAAGGAGUCUAAUGGAAGGAGUGCCAGGAGUGGAAGGAGUGGAAGGAGUGGAGAGGAGGUGGUGAUGGGAAGGAAGAAGGUGGUGGUGGAGUUGAAGAAGGUGGCAGCAGAGAGAUAUGGAUGGACUGCUGUGAAGGGGACAGAGACUGCUGUUGAGUGCAGUGGAAGGAGUGUAAGUGGUCUGGAGAAGGUGGUGGAGCGGAGGCAGAAGGUGAAGGUGGCAGCAGAGAAGGAGAAGGCUGAGAAGGAGAAGAAGGACAGGAUGUGGAAGGAGCUCCUUGAGCAGAAGAGGAGAGAGAGGAGAGAGAGGAAGGUGGGGAAGCAGAUGGAGAAGCAGAUGGAGAAGCAGCUGGAGGAAGAGGUCAAGGAGUGUGAGAAGCAGAGUGAGCAGUGCAGGAAGGGUAGGCGUGUGAGAAGGAGUGAGGAGAGCUCAGUUCUGAGUGAGGAGGAGUUCCCUUCCUUUGAGAAGGAGAAGGAGAUGAAGGAGAAGGUGAGGAAGGAGUGCUUUGAGAAGAAGAUGAGAGAGAGGUUGGCUAGGGAGGAGAAGAAGAGAGAGAAGAAGAUGGAGAAGAAGCUGGAGGAAGAGAAGAAAGAGUUGGAGAGGCAGAGAGUGCAGAAGAAGCAGGAGAAGGUGCAGCUGAAGAGAGAGAAGGAGUAG